UAAAAAAAGUCGUCAACGCGUGUGCAUCGAUUUGUUGUCCAGUUUAUACACUUUGUAAAAUAUUCAAAGGAAAUGGGUUGUGCAACAGCAACGAUCAAAUAUCUAGUAUUCCUCUUCAAUGCUCUCUGCGCGUUACUGGGCAUUGCAGUUAUUGUGGUGAGUUCGAUUGCACUCAAAGAUGUCGCCAAAGAGGCACAACCUAUUAUGAUAUUCUUCAUUGUCAUCGGUUCGAUUGUUUUUGUGAUCUCAUUCUUUGGCUGCUGUGGCGCCAUCAAGGAAAACGUAUGUCUAACCUGGACUUAUGCAAUCAUUAUGCUCAUCGUAUUGAUUUUGACAUGCGUUCUCGCCUUUGCUUACCUGAAUCGCAUCGAUGAGAAAAAGUUGGCACAGGACGAAUUGAACCUGGCGUGGAAUAGUACUGAUACAACCAAAAUGGCCUUCUAUCAAUCGAACUUCAAGUGCUGUGGCAUCAAUGGCCCCAUCGACUAUACCAAGGCCAAUCGGACAAUACCGGAGAGCUGUUAUGUCACAAAUAGUACCGCUACUAGCUCAACUCAUACUGUUUACCCCGACGGCUGCUUAUCCAAAAUGAUCAAUUCCUUCGAGGUGGCCACCAAGUAUGUCAAUGUAUUUAGCUGGAUUCUGAUUGGCGUCGAGGCCUCUGCUUUUCUGUGUGCCACCAUUUUGGGCAUUACCUUUAACAACGAGCAAAGACGUUCCAGAUAUUAGUUGGUCUUACAAAACUGAACCACUUGUAUUAUGCUCCAAAAUAUAAAGGAGCUUUGCGAACAAGUUAAUAAAAGUUUAUUUUAGUUAAUUAUUUGCAAAUGUA